AUGUCGUCCUCGAGCCCUAAUCCGAAUGUACCGUAUAAACCAUAUACACCGCGUAGACAACGUUCUGCUCGACCUGAUCGACCAUUACCUGCCCCACCACCUGAGGAAGACGUAGGUGCAGUCAAUGCAUUUGAAAUAGCACAAGGGUUCACCUCACCACCUUCACCACCUCGUCCAUCAUCGCUGCCAUCACAGAGUCACGGAAAAGAUCUACCGUCACCCCCACCACCACCUCCACCUCCGAACACAGCUCCCAUCAGUGGGAGUCAGCAACAACCCCGACGAAGAGAUGAUUCAGAUACGUCUUCUAAUGAACCAAGAUCAGCACCACCUGUACCUAAAACAUCUUCUCAACAUUUACAUCCAUUCCAUUCCACUUUACCUACUACGAUGGAACCUCCCACUACACUCACACCAUUACGAGCACAUUACCUGAAGAAAACAUUGGUGAACCUUCAAGUGAAAUACGAACUAAAUCUAAUAACAGAUCCAGUACUGGGUGCCAAUGCAUUAGGCUUGUUAGGUGAUCCGUUCAUCUUGCCUGAUUCAGCUAAAAAAGAAGCUUUAGAUAGGAUAAGUGAAUAUUCGAAAUCAGAAGGUAGAAUAGAAGAUUUACCUUUAUUGAGGUUCAUGUUUCAUCAAUUUCUUUUACCAUUUCCGUUUUUGGCUACUGCCCCACCGACUUUCUGGUCAUCCAAAGUCCAGCCUUUUUUAUCUUCUUUCCUCUCGACAACGGGAGUAUCAGCACAUGCUACGUUAAGUGAGAAGGAAAGGGAAGUAGCAGAAAGUUUAAUGACUAAGGAAGAAAAAAAAGAAGCAUUGGAAAAAAAGAAAUUAUGGGCAAAAGUCGAAAAGCAUUUAGCGUUGAUGUUCGGUGUGGGAAUCAAAUUAACUUCAGGCGAAGAAGUAGUUAGAAUAGGUCAAAGUGAAUUAAGAAGAUUAGAAGAAUUACAAGAGGAAAGAAGAAAAAGAUGGUUGGAAAAACAUCCUUUAGCAGAACAAGGUUUAGAUCCAAGUCAAGGUUUCGAAGUAAACGUUGUUGGCGUAAGAGUCGUCGUGGAGAAAGGAAGAGUGAGGAAUAGGUCUCAUGAGGAAUUCAUCAUUCGUACGAGUCGUAAUGGUGUAGCCGAUGUAUUUGUGUCAAGGAGAUAUGGUGAUUUCAAACGUCUAGCUGAUGAGCUUCGUCUGGCAUUCCCCGAUUAUCCAAUUCCACCACCACCACCGAAAGACAAGUCUGUGACAGCGGCAGCCACAAGUCCUCCUCCUUCAGCAGGGUAUAGUGCUUACAACCCGCUUCGAAUGAUCUACGGAUCCGGUAUUCCUGAAUCCUCUUCAACGACUGGGUAUCCGAACCAGCAAUCUUCAACGCAACCCGACUCUCCUACGACCGGCGGCACUACUCCUUUAUCAAGAGAAAAAAAUCGACUUACUCUCCGAGCAUAUUUAACUUCGGUAUUAAGCCUACCUUUCAUUAUCAAUUCACCUAUUCUCAGAUCGUUCUUACUCUCAGCUCCUACGACUCUGACUCCCCCAGAAGCAGUGGACAUUCAAAGACGUCUGGAAGCAGAUGCAGUAAGGGAAGAAGGUAGAAGACGAUUCAAAGCGGAAGCUGAAAAGCGGAUCGAAGCUCUAAGGGAAGGAUUAGCCCAAUUCAAAGGUGACGUCUUAACCAAAGAAGGUGGACUCAAAGGCGUAUUCGAAGUUGUCAGAAGAGUGGAAAGAGUAGAAGAUCUACCUAAAGCCGAAGCUAGUGUCUUGGAAUGGGGUAGAAUAUCCCUUGCAGCCACUGUCUUCCAGCUAUUCGUCGCUUCUGAUACCGCAUCAGAGACGCUGACUCAACUGAAGAGAAUACAUGGUUUGAUGCCUUAUUUCGUAUUAAAGGGGAUACUGAAGAUCUCAAAUCCAAUGGCAAUGAUCAGAGGUGUUCUUGAUUUAUUCCUUGCACGACCAUUCGGUGGUCAAUCACUCAUACAAAGGAUGUUCUCUUCUUCUCUCAGCGAGGAUGUCAGACUGUUAGGAGAAGACAUCGAAGCUGUACAAGAGAAGAUUGACGACCCGGUUAUAUGUCAAAAGAUUGAGCAGUAUGCCAAUGCUCCGUUUGAGAUUCAAGAGAUAUUCAGGAAAGAUGCUGCUCAAGAACGAGUCGAUCUUCUCGUUACCAUACUUCGAUCACCUGAUAUGCCAUCACUCUCAAGACCGCAAUUCCAACGAGUUGCUAAAGCCACAAGAGCAUACCAUGAAUACAAAUCCGCUCAAGCGGAUGCAGAUGAUUCAGACGAUGAUGUAGGACCUGAUAACGAAGAUGCCUGGCUAUAUGAGGAUUUGAGCGUGUUAUUAAAGUUAUGGAUGAGGAAAAGAGAGAAGGAAGGAUUGUUAGCGUUGAUCUUCGAGGGCGUCACGGCCGAAUUACUGAAAGAUAUAAUCACCAUCUUCUACGCUCCCUUGGCGACAGUAUAUAAGGCUGCUAAUAUCGCCGAUUCGAUCGGUGAUAUGCAGGCUUUCAUCAAUGAUAUGAUUAGGACUGUUGAGCAAGUGGAAGAACUAUCGCAAGAAGAUCCCCAACGUACAGUCCAAACGUUUAUCGAUCUUGUUCAACGACACGAACAAUCAUUCUAUUCAUUCGUACAUAACGUUCAUUCCAAGGGACAAGGGUUAUUUGACUCAUUGAUGGGCUGGAUUGAAUUAUUCCUCACUUAUGCUAGAGUUGGGUUACCUCAACCAUUAGAUUUAGAAUUUAUUUUACCUGCAUCCGAGGACGCGAGAAGAGCAGUGAUGAAGGAAGUUGAUUCAGUCGCAGAAUACCAUUACAAACUGAAAGUGGCACAUGAAGAGAAAAUCCGAAGAAGAUUCAGAUCUGCUGCUGGACCGCAAGGAUCACCAGAAGGAAUAGAUGAGGAAGCAGCUUUAUUAGAUAGUGUAAUGGCAAGUCUGAGUAUCGGUGAGACCGCAGUAGCGGAAGGUGGCGAAAUCGCAGAUGAAGAAAGUGAAGAAGAAGAUGAAGAUAAUGAUAAUGAAGAAGAUGAAGAUGAAAGAGAUCAGGCCAUUAGAAACUUCAAUUUGGAUUAUGACAAUGACAAUAAUGGAAAUGAAGGAUCUCAUGAAAGAAGAGGAAGCGGUGACGGCGGAGAAAGUUCUUCGUUACAACUACCUCCUACACCUUCUUUCGUCAAUCAAGAAAAUCUAAGUGCGGAAGGAAGUAGGAGAGGAUCAGGUUCAUCAGAAUCCAACAAUAAAGGUAAAAAAUCAAUGGAGAGAAUUAGACAUUCGUUAGAUUUCAAGAACAAGAUCAUCAAACCUACUUCACCUAAUUCACCUGAAAUUGAUAAGAAAGAUAAAGAUAGAGAAUCUGGUGGUAGACCGUCAAAGUCAACCAAUGCUGAUUCGGCCGGAGGAGGUCGGGAAAGGAGUAGAAAUAGACAAAAUAAGAAGAAAAGAAAUAGAAAUAUCGAUCUUUUGGUUCAACCUGAAACAAGGAAUAUCGAUCAAUUAAGACCACUCUUCGUCGAAAUUAUUCGUCCUAAUUUACGAGUCAAAGCAUUGAAAUAA